GUCGAGGAUUUUAUGGCUUAAUGAACUCGGGUUGCCCCGAGACAUUCCAAUCAUCUCAAAAAAUUCAACGAUUUCAAGAUCGACAUCAAAGGAUUGAACAAUUUAGACAAGGUGAUAUAAUGGCAUUUCCAGCAGGUACUGCACAUUGGGUGUAUAAUGAAGGAAAUGAAGAACUUGUUCUUGUUUUUCUUGAAGAUUCAUCUAACAAUGCCAAUCAAUUGGAUCAAGUCGCGUGGAGGAUAUUUAUCGCUGGAAAACCACACCGAGCACUACAACAUCAAGGUAGACAAUACGGUGGCCGCAGCUAUGGCAAUGUUUUCAGUGGCUUCGAUAAAGAAAUUCUAUCAGAAGCAUUUGGUGUUUGCAGGGAAACGGCAAGGAAGCUACAAGGACAAGAUGACAUGAGAGGUCACAUUAUUAGUGUUCAAGAAGGGCUUAAAGUAAUUCAACCACCUUUCUCGCAAGAACAAGAACAACAACAACACGGACAAUAUGAUCCUAUGAAUGGAAUAGAAGAGACAAUUUGUUCGGCUAAGGUUAGACAGAACAUCGAUGAUCCCUCUCGUGCUGACAUUUACAACCCACACGCAGGGCGUUUUACCACUAUCAAUAGUUUCACUCUACCUAUUCUCCGCUUCCUCAAACUCAGUGCUUCUCGGGGAGUUCUCUACAGAAAUUCGAUGAUGGCACCUCAUUGGUAUUCGAAUGCGCACAGCAUAGUGUACAUAACAAGGGGAGAAUCAAGAAUGCAAGUAGUAGAUCAUCGAGGACAAGCAGUGUUAGAUGACCGUGUCAGAGAAGGACAAUUUAUCGUUGUGCCACAAAACUACGCGAUAGUAACUCAAUCUGGAAAUGGAGGUUGUGAAUGGAUAACAUUCAACACCAAUGACAAUGCCAUGAUCAACACGUUAAGUGGCCGUACCUCGGCUAUUCGAGGGCUGCCUGUCGAUGUCAUUGCCAAUGCUUAUCAGAUAUCGAGAGAUGAAGCGCGGAGGCUUAAGUUUAAUAGAGAGGAAACUCUCAUUUUCCCAGUUUCUACUAGAUCUCUUCGUCCUUACGAGGGAGUUGUGUCUGCUUGAUGAGGUACUGGUUUUACUAGUUUAUGUAAGAAUCGCGGCGCACUUUAUGUACUGAGAAAGAGGGGAAAAUGAAGAACAAAUUUUCGAAUAAAAGAAUGUUGUUCGAGUUCUUGUGA